AUGCCAUUAAGCGCUUUCUAGGGAGCAAGGCGCGCCUGCUAUAUAAAAUGGCGCUCCAUCGUAAAAAUGGUAAUUUAUUUGCCCGUUAUUUAAAAGCCUUUUCCCUCCUGCGAUUUGUGUAGUAGCGUGUUGUGUACAUUUGCCACAUGCAUAUGGACUUGGUUAAUAAUAAUGUGCUGGUAUGUGUACGUACACAAACGUGUAUUUAAAACUCGUCUACCGGUUGCGUAACCGGAUGUAGCGUUCUAAUUGCUCACGUUUCCCUGCACCGCGUAUCUAUGCGCUGAGUACGCGUGUGUAUAUAUCCGGUGUGACCUUUGCGAUUCGUUUAUCUUGCUGUACAAACAAAACCUCGAUCCGCGAGUAGCCAGUGCCAGUGUGCAGCCCCGAUUCCCUAUGUUGUUAAAGAACCACUUGCAGUGAAGCAGACGCGGCCUUCUGCUGGUGACAGACAGCGGCCGUGGAUCCUGCACUGAUUUGAUUCUUCCGGAUCAUUUACGGACGCGCGCGGACAUCACCGCCACACAACGUCUUAUCGGCAGGGUUAUUUUUCUGUGCUUUUUUAUCAUCACUCCGCGCAGUCAGAGAGAAGAGGAGAAAUUUACUGGCUGGACGAAUCGAGUGCGGGUAUAUUAAUUAUGCAAGAGCCGGCGUAAAUCAGCCUCCCUGGGGAAUUGUUGUGCGCUGCAAUUUGGCAAUGUGUGUGAAUGGGGCGUUCAUUAAUACUGAUCAGCGUACGAUGAGCAACUGCCCGUGGAACAUUUGAAUAAUAUCCAAAUUAUUGAGAGAGAAAAAACACGGGCUGUUGUUAAUUUGUCAGACCGCACUACAAGCACGGUUUGACAGAACACAGAGAACGGUUAUGAUUACGCGGUGUAUACGCGGCCUAUUAUUGAUCCACUAUCAGAACAACCGGCAGCUGCGUAUAUCUUCCAUCUGUAUACAGUCGUCUGUGUGUGUGAUUUAUAUUUGAAUUGCUCCCGCCACAAGUGCUCGUUUCCUGUUAUUUACUAUUGCCACUGGAUAUUGAUCACACCUUGAGGUGUCAUCCGCCAAAGGAGAAAUUAGCCCCCAUUUGCCCAAUUAUAGACUGCAGACUAUUCCAUAAAACCGGCAUUUGUUUCGGGAGGAAAUUCUACCACCACUCGUGAUGUGAUUGUGGGUAAGGCUGCCGGUGUGGGAGGCGAUCCGUUAGACAAUGGUCAGUUAUUUAUCCGCGGAGAGAACGAUAUCAUAUGAUGGAUUAUUAGUGGAUAGCAUCCUGUGCCCGGCCGUGCGGAUUGUACGGAACGUUGCCGGUUCGCAGCGGCGUGCGGGAUUAUCCCUCUUCCUUGUCUUCGUUUUGCUUUCUCGGAGCUUUGUCGCCGGUAUGGACAGCAAAGCGUCCAGCCACUCCUCCCACCCUCACCCACCGGCCGGCUCCAGCCCGCUGGCGUCCUUAGCCGACCGGUCGGUGAGUAAGCAUCUGCUGGAUCGUCUCCUGGAAGGCUACGACUUGGACAAGUGGCCGACCUUUUUCACUGCCGGCCCCAACACCACCGCCGAGCCGACACUCAGCCACAUCUCCGUGGACAUUAUGUUCAUCAGCUCCAUUAAUGUGGAGGCCAUGGAUUUAACGGUGGAUAUGUACUUAAACCAAAUGUGGACGGAUAAGCGACUGCGAUUUGACGAUACUUUAUCGAAAAGCCGAUUGCAUUUGAAAACCGUCGAGCAGAUGCGCAGAAUCUGGGCACCGGACACAUACAUCGUAAACGCCAAACAAGCCAAUUUCCACCACGUCACCACGGAGAACCGUGUGGUGUAUAUCGCGCCGAGCGGCGAAGUGUUCUACAGCGCCCGCAUCACGGCGAAAGUGGCCUGCGACAUGAAAUUCCACAGCUUCCCCAUGGACACCCAGGAGUGCUAUCUGCAUUUGGCCUCUUAUGCUUACACCGUAGAAGUGCUGCAAAUGUUCUGGCUGAAAGAACGACCGGUGUCCUACAAGAAGGACAUGGAUCUCAAUCAGUUCCACUUGACCAACGUCACCACCAUUCACUGCCGGGAUCCCUUCCCCGACGGUGAAUAUCCUUGCCUUAAAAUAUUCUUCAAAUUUGAACGACGAGUUGCUCAUCAUCUUAUCCAGACAUUCUUGCCCACUGUACUUAUUGUGACAAUCUCAUGGGUCAGUUUUUACAUUCAGGCCGAAGCCGUUCCUGCCAGAAUUUCCCUGGGAAUUACCACGUUGCUCACAAUGAUUACCCUUAACAGCGGCACAAAACAAGGAUUACCUCCGGUGUCCUACGUCAAAGCCAUUGACGUGUGGAUGGGCGUGUGUACCUUCUUUGUCUUCUCGGCCAUCUGGGAGUACGUCGUGGUGUGCAUGCUCUCCCGGCGUCCCAUUAAGUGCGCCAAGCAUGACCUGGCACGACUGCAGAACUACGCGGCCGGCGCCGGGAAGGAGCGCAAAGACACACUGCUGCCGGGCGACAAGAGUCCCUUAGUCAUUCCCAACACGUACGCCCACGAUACGCCCGCAGGAUCCCUGCCGCCUCCGGCCACUUAUCCCGCUCAGCCGCACUCGCCGGCCCAAUCCCCCACCAGCGUCGUGGACACGGCGGCCGUGCUGAACGCCAUCAACCAGGCGGAAUAUCACGCGCUGACCAACCGGCGCGCUACGCGCUCCAGCACGAGUUUCUUAAGGUCAAGCGCGCCGCCGGUGGCCAAUCAUGUGACCGUAGGGAAUAAGACCACCAAUGCCACGCAGACCACAUGGCCCACGCGGUUUCCGGCGCCGGUAUACGAAACGGAAAUGAUGCAGCUUGUGUGGCAACCGCGAAAUUCCGGUCAACUGCCGAUACCAAACAGCUCAUCCCGGAACUCCUUCGGCGUGACCGCCACCCCUGCGCCGACUGGUGCCGGCCUACUGGAAAUCGACCCGGGGGACAUUGAUUAUGCCGGAGUGACCCCGGACUCGGAGUACUUGCCCAGAGCAUCCCGCCUGGAGUCGGUGGCGCCGCGGAAAAAGCGCCGCCUAAAGCCGAAGUGUGUCAGCUGUUUCGCGCAGGCCAAGAGCGCCAGUGAGCGCUCCAAGCGCGUGGACAUUUCCGCCCGCGUGAUCUAUCCGGCGAUGUUCCUCUUCUUCAACUUUUUCUACUGGCCUUACUACCUUUAUUUGUCCAAUACCGAGUCGAUUAUGCCCGAUAACGAUCGAGUAGUCGUAUAAUCAGCAUGAUAACGAGUGACUGAAUACACUUGUUGACUUGUAUAUGAAAAACUUGAUGCCUCGUCAUGAGCAUGUACCCCUUGUACAGUUCUCGUAGCUCGAUUCGACGGUGUUUAAAUAGUUUUCUUAACGAUAUUGUAAUUCAGAUUUUUAAUUUAUUGAAUUCUGAGUGCGGGCAAGUGCCAACAGUAUGAAAUUGUUGUGCUAGAUUUUUAAGUCCUACCGGAACUGUUAUAUCUUGCCCAAGUGCAAUGGUUGACCAA